UUCUUCGGUCUCGAGUCAUCGGAUUCGAUGCACGUGCUUCCGUAAACGCGCCCCUCGGGUCGUUCGGUGCGAAUUGCGGCUGGGUAGCAAACCUUUACGGUGUAUGUGCGGUUCCAGUACUUACGUACGCAGCAUCUAUGAGCGAGUGGGGGAAGGGAGCACGCAUCAUAGAGUGAGUUUGUUGUGCGAAUGCUCUAAGCUGGCCAGGGGAAAAAGUAAGGAAAGAAUAAGCGUAUAAAUUUAGUGUGAAAUUCAAGCUUUGCGGAUAUUGUUAGUGACAGUGUGUGUGUGUGCUACAUUGUGUGUUUAUGGAGUUGCACCAAAGGAAGAUGAAACGUGGCCGAAGAUCGCUUGUACAGUGUUGUAACGAAGGCUAAACCGUUUGUUGAUGAGAUAAAAUGGGGAAAAAUACGCGAUCCUAAAUGAAGCAGUGCGGUGUAGCAUAAGCAUUGAUUUUCUCGUCGGUGAAUUAAGCCUACCGUGCCGCGUCCAAUCCAAUCAACCGAUCGAGUGAGCAAAGUGUAGAUACAGAAACCAUAGUGCCGUUUCUAGUGGAUCGUUCCCUUUGCGGGGUUUUUGUGCUAGCAGGCGCAAGUGAAUACCAGAUCACUCAUAUUAUUCAGUUAGUGCAGGUGGUUUACUGUGUAUGCAAAGUGGCACGGGGCAGCAAACUUGCGUGUUUACAUCAGCCUGGGUCGGCAAGAGAUCGCGUACUGCAUCAGUAAGGCUGCAUUCUUCAAGAACCCCUUCCGGCAACCCUUAUCAACGGCGACAAUCGGCAAGGACAAGGAGUUAUUAAUGUCACACCGCCCCCUAGCCCCCGCCCACCAUUGAGUAAUCACGCUGACAAUGAGCAGAGCGUGCAGGGCGCUGCGUACACACCUCGGCUAAGGCAGUUCGGCGUCCCAAGCCAAGUGACUAAAGUUCAGCGGAACGCGGGCUUACUGCGCAAGGUGACAAGUGGUUCGCUGCUAACGGCAAGGAUGAGUCCCUCGUUCGUCAUCAGCCAGAUAAGCGCUUGGAAGCAGCAACAACCACAACAACAAAACCCCCGCAAGCCCUAAUGCCGGCGAUGGCCCACAGGUGCACCACGCCCGCCGCCACAUCUUCACCACCAAGCGCACCCAGCUCAUCGCCGUCACCGUUUGCCGCCCGGGAAGGGCCAGCGUUGCCGAACGGGGCCGAACACGUACCAAAGCCUGCCAAGGGUUCACCGGUGGGAGCGGAGGUAGGAACGGUCCGGCCUGCGGUGGGUACGGUGGUUGGCGGCCUAAUUGGAAAGUUUGAGUGCAGCAGGGAGUGCGCGCCCGCUGACGUCAAAGUGACAGCAAACAGUGGUCGAGCGGGCGAUAGCGCGCUUAUCGCCGAUAGGGACAGUCCCAUCACGAACGGGCGAGCGGGCCCGCCCGCGUACGACGGACAAGUGCGCACCGCUCGGUACCGGGCGAGCGUGACGGGUAGCGAGCGGCCCGAUAAGCCGGUGAUGGGCGCCCGCGGUGCCACAGGGAACGCUGGGCGGCUGUGUGCGGGCGACACGCUGAACGCGGAGAUGAGCGCCGCCUGUGUGCGUAGGGCGGGCGGGCGGCAGCGCAAGACGGUCGUCUACAGCCGGCUGUGCCUGGACGAUGCGCUGCUGCUGGAGGCUGGCAAUGGUGCCGACGGGUCCGGGCGGCUGGACGGCUGGGCCACCCGCCAGGCGGAAGUGAUCCGCUUUCCCUGCGUGGAGCGACUGAUCGAACUGUACGCAAACAUCAUCCGCCAGAAGGAGGCUGAAGUGCAAAGAUUUAUGAGCAGUAUUGUAAGGAGCGGCGAUAAAAGUCGAUUAGAUAAGGGUGCGCCGCCGGCGGAGCGCCGGUGGCAGGGGGAAGCGGACGGUCCGCACGGCAGCAAACGACAGCGACAAGGUGACAUGGAGCGCAAGACACUGGCAGCGCUACCUGCGUCAGUGUCGCUCGAAUCACUGUCGCAAGCGAAGACGGUCGGGCCCGACCGCACCAGUACGAUACCGUCCGGCGACGACGCGGCACGUGUCAGCCGCACCAGCACCAGCCCGGCCCAGUCAGACGAAGGUUGGCGCAGCGACGACGAGGAACGGGAGCGCGCAGCCCACCAGGACCCGGCGAUGAAGAACCGCGACAAGGUGACGCGCUCGGCCAGCUCCGAUUCGGCCCUCGGGCUGGACGACGAGCUGAGCGCGCAGGAGCAGCAGCAGGCGAUCGCAACCGUCGGCAAGGUGCGGCGGCUCACGCUCGGCGUGUCCGACAUACCGCUGCGGGCGGCCCUGCUGCCCGUGCCGGAACCGGCCACCCUGCCCAGCCUCACCCUCACCGACCAGCACUGCCCGACCGUGGUGCGCAGCAAGAUGAUACUCGAGGCGCAGCUGAUCGAGCUGCCGCUGGCAGGAGGCGAGCUUCCGGCGGAACAGCAACCGGGGCAGCAGCAGCUCGGCUGCCCGCCGAGCACGUCCGUGUCGCGGCGCGAGUCCGCCCAAAGCUACAUCAGUGACGCGGGGACCGAGGGCGUCCGGUACGUCCGCACGCCGUCCGUGGUCGUGUCGGACUACUCGGACGACACGAUGUGCGGCAUCACGCUGGAGGAGAUCGAGUACUUCCGGCGGCACCGGUUGCGGCGCGGCUCGGCCGACUGCGAGUCGGACAUCAGUGCGGCCUCGUCCUGCAGCAAUCUGAACUACUGCGGCUCGUCCAUCAGCGCGCUGGACGGGUGCGAGUACCAGUGCGGGCUGCGCACGCCCGAGCGCAAGGUGUCCGACUGCUCGACCUGCUCCACCGUCAGCUGCGACGAGGACGAGGGCUACUCGCGGGUGGUGCGCGCGAAGCUCGCCACGCUCAGCUGUCUGCCCGCGGCCGACACGGUCGCGGAGGAGACGGAGCUUCCCCCGGCGGUGCCCGCAUCGCCCGCCAAGCCGGUGGUCCCGGUUGCAGCAAUCGACGAGCCGGGCGAGACGGGAGCGGACGUUCGCGUGUGCAGCAAAAAGAAGGUUAGUUCCGUUGGCAACAGCUGUGGAUAGGGGAGGUGGGGAGGGGGUAUUACCUCUGCCUCGUAGGAUUAAGUUAGUUAAGCUAUGUGAAUUCAAGCCACACACAACAGCGGGUUGUUUGUAUAUUUUGUAAGCAGCUUUAACGCAAUAAACUCAAAACUAGUAUUACAAUGGUACAA